ACAAUGUAUACGUCCAAAAUUCUGUAAAAUUCAAUUGUUGUCAAAAACUUGAAUUUGUCGAGUACUAUUAUAGUAUAUAAAUUCAUUCUAAAAGAAAAUAGACAAUGUCAAUGGAAAAGAGCAGACUAAAACAUGUUUGAGGAUUUUGUGUGGUAGACCAGAAGGAAAUUAUAGUACUGUCAAAAGUCUGUAAAAGGAAUAGUUUGAAUAAUAAAAUAAAAAGUUUGGAGUUUUCAUUGACUAAUAAAUAUUAAAUUUAAAGUUAAAACAAAUUUAUUUUGUUUUCUCUAAAGAAUAAUAAUAAAAAUGAUUGCUCGUAUGUACAGUGUACACAGCUGAAAUUUAAUUGUUAGUAAAUAUUAUUAAUUAAAAUUGAAGAAAACAGCAAAACAUAUUUAUAGAUCAUUUCACGGUAACUCGGUUAUUGAGAUGGAUUAUGAAUACAUUCAAUCUAAAAUGUCCAAUACCAGAGUCACUCGAUUUCACCCUUACCAUGGUGAAAACAUAGUUUUAUCAGAAGAUCGUACAGUAGCAUACAGACAAAAAAGUUUUGCAAAUGCAGUGACUUUCAGUGAAAAACCCUUAGCCCCUGGUGAAAUUUUCCUGCUAGAAAUCGAACAAAAUGAAACUGGUUGGAGUGGUCAUAUGAGAUUGGGCUUAACUCAACUGGACCCGGCAACUAUCUGCAGAACAGGUGCUAUACCAAUGUAUGCUCUUCCUGAUCUGUUAGACAUAGGAAAAUCUUGGAUAUAUGGGAUUAGUAAAGCUCAAAAUAGUAUUUUUGAAUAUGAGGAAGGAAAUGGUUGGAAAUGUGUACCUUCUGGUAUAAAAAAAGAAGUCAUCAAUAGUAAUUUUAUUAAAACAUGUAGAGGCACAAUUCCCACUAGUAUGCUUAGAUCUAAUGAACCUGGACCAAUUCUUCCCACUGACAAGAGAAGUAGGAUUGGUGUAAUGUAUAUUCCCACUGAUGAAUUUGAAGCUGAUAUGCACUAUAUUAUCAAUGGUGAAGAUCAAGGAGCAUGUGUGAAAAGAAUCCCUUUUACUGAAGCACCUUUGCAUGUUGUGGUAGAUGUGUAUGGUAUUACAAAGAAAGUUAGAAUUAUUCAAUUAUAUGUGGUUCCUACCCUUCAAUCUGCAUGCAGGGACGUUAUUCUUCACCACACUCGUAUUUCUAAAAGUGCUGUUGUAUCGUUACCUUUACCCAAGUUUUUGAAGGAAUAUUUAUUGUACCAGACUUAAAAAAGUUUUUGUCUUGGAAUAUUUGUUUGGGUACCACAUAUUAGAAGUCAGUAUGAGAUCUAUAUAUUUGUACCAGUAUAUUCCUUUUUAAGCAUUCUUCAAGUUGUGAAGUUUAGACAGAUAAUUGUAAUUUGGAUGACAGGCUGUAAGACUGAUCUAAGUGUAAUUUUUUUGUUAAUUACAAAUAUGUGAUCAUAUUCAUUUGUAAUAUAAUGUAAUUUAAAAAA